AUGGCUCCCACGUCCCACUUGAUUCCAAUUUUGUUUUGCCUACUGGUAUAUACCAGCAACUUUGUCCACGGCCACCAUUGUGGUAUUACCUUAAAAGAGAUCAUCAAAACUUUGAACUACCUCACAGUCCCGAAGCAUGCGUGCAAUGAGUUGAUGGUGGCAGACGUCUUUGCUGUUCCAAAGAAAACAAGUGAGCAGGAAACCUUUUGCAAGGCGAGGACUGUGCUAGAGCAAGUCUCGUCAAACUCCAAGUGUUCCAAGCAACUUUUGAGAGGACUCAGCAUAAACCUCACCAGCAUGACGGAGAGCCAGAUCCCUUGUCCUGUGAACAAGGCCCAGACCAGUACACUGCUAGACUUCUUGAAAAGGCUAAAGACGGUCAUGAUGAAGAAAUACUCAAAGUGUAAAAGAUGA